AGUUUUGUAUUUCUCGGUCGGAAAAGAGGCGUCCCCCGCCCAAGGUUCCCCGCUACCCCGUCCCGGAAUCGUAUCUCGGAACAUCAUGCUUGCCUCCUCGAUGAUUAGCUCCCAACCCCCUUGCUCCACGGGCGAGGGCCCCCGCGCCAAGCGGAAGCGCUCCGUGGAUGCCCCCUCUUCUCUCGAUGGCGGAAUGUCGCCGUCGUCCAUGGACGAGUUGCCCUGCAAGAAGAGCAAGGCGACGGAUGAGACCCACUUCAAACCCUCGGAAGACCACGACCCACGUGAGUGCUCUGACGCCCCCCUGCACGAAGACACCAUUAGGGAUCCCACCACCGCCCAACUCUCCACGCCUCCGGAAGACGGUGAAUGCACGGAUCUCGACAACUCGGACAGUCCUCUUCACGCACCGGAAAGCAACCGUCCCGUCGACAGCCCGCGCUCGGACGUCGGGUCGCCCCCUCGUGCUACUCAAGGCGACUGCUACGACGCCUACUACGACGGGCCGGGGUACGACGAUUUUGCCGAUGAUGCCGAUAGGCGCCGUCGCACCCUGAAGCUCCAGUACUGGACCCGCUCGGACGAGUGCAAGGAACGCAAGUGGGACCAUCUGGACCUCCUCGACUCGGAAGAGCACGGCAUGACGCGCGAAGAACACAUCUACGCCACGACUCUGGCAGGUAGAACGUCGUUCAUGGAGCCCAAUAUGUUUCCGUACUCGACGCCGGAAGGCAUCGAGCACUGGACUCUCUGGAGCCGCCUCGAGAUGCGCCAUGCCGACGUCCAGGACUACGUCGAGCAGUGGAUCACAACUAACGCGCCGCAUGUCACGGCGUGGAACUACGACGACAACCCGGAGCGCUCAAUCAACAUCUUCCACGUCCACGUGUACCUGCAAGUGGGCGCCGAAGGCGACGUCUUGCAAGGUCGCAGCGUCCACGAUCUCGUCCACUAGGCGCACAUCCUACUAAUACAUUGUCAU